AUGGCUGGAUCUAGAAGUUCUGAAGUAAGAACCCCGAUCUUCUCCGGUGAGAACUACGAGUUCUGGAGGAUUAAGAUGACAACGAUUUUCAAAUCGCUUGGGCUAUGGAGUCUGGUAGAAAAGGGGAUUCCAACUCCUGAUUCGAAGAAGAAGAAAACGGCUGAAGAGGCAUCAGAAGAAGAACCUGAUGCAGAGAUGAUCGCUGUGCUCAUGAGGGACGCGAAGGCUCUGGGCAUCAUCCAAAACGCAGUUUCUGACCAGAUCUUCCCUCGGAUUGCCAACGCUGACUCAACCAAGAUGGCGUGGAAUCUGCUUCAUGGUGAAUAUCACGGUGGUGAUCAAGUCAGGUCAGUGAAACUUCAGAAUCUCAGAAGAGAGUUUGAGUAUAUGAGAAUGCGUGAAGGUGAACAAUUAACUGCAUAUCUUACUCGGUUGAAUGAGUUGAUAAAUCAAAUAAAAACAUUUGGAGAAGUGUUAUCAAACGAGAGGCUGGUUCAAAAGGUAUUAAUUAGUCUUAGUAGAGUCUAUGAUCCUAUCUGUUUGGUGAUUGAAAAUACAAAGAGUUUGGAGACUAUUGAAUUGCAGGAGGUUAUUGCAAUAUUGAAGAGUCAAGAGCAGCGGUUUGAUAUGCAUAAUGUGGAUACAGCUGAGAAGGCUUUUGGUUCUUUUUCAGUUGAAACAAAAGGGCAGAAUAAGAAUGGUUCUCAAACUGGUUCUGCUAAAUCUCAGAAGAAUUGGAAGUCUAACAAUAAACCAUGGGAGUCUAGGCAGAAGCCACAACAAUCUGGUGCUGCACAGACCUCAAAUGGAUCACAAUAUGUGCAUCAAGAUGGAGUGAAGCCUCAAUGCAAAGUUUGCUCGAAAUUCCAUUUUGGGGAAUGUAGAUAUAAGGGCCAAUCUAAGUGUUAUAAGUGUGAUAGAUUUGGACAUUGGGCUAGAGAUUGUACUGCAAACAAAGGAGUGCAGAAAGCAAACAAUGCAAGUCAAGUAGAAGUUAGAGGAAAUCUGUUUUUUGCUAAUUGUGCAAUUUCAGAGAAGAGUGCAAAUGGAGAAUGGUAUGUAGACAGUGGCUGCAGUAAUCAUAUGACUGGGAACAAGGAGCUGUUAAUUGACAUAAAUCCAAGUGUCACAGGCAAGGUACAAAUGCCAACAGGGGAGCUUGUAAGCAUAGCUGGCAUGGGCACUUUAGUGCUUGACACAAACUCUGGUACAAAGUUUAUCAAGGAGGUCAUGUAUCUGCCUGGUCUGAGAGAGAACUUGUUAAGUGUGGGUCAAAUGGAUGAACAUGGUUACCAUUUGGUGUUUGGAAGCAAUAUGUGCAGUAUUUUUGAUGAUGCUUCACUGGAAAACCUUAUUAUGAAGGUGGAAAUGAGAAAGAAUAGAUGUUAUCCAUUGUCUUUGUCUUCAAAUACCUAUGUUGCAUUAAGAGCUGGUGUGUCUCACUUUACCUGGAUUUGGCACAAGAGAAUGGGGCAUUUACAUUUAAAAGGGCUGAACCAGCUCAAGGAAAAGGAGAUGGUGCAUGGUCUGCCACAUCUGGAAGCUGUAGAUGGAGUCUGUGAAGGAUGUCAGUUUGGGAAACAACAUAGAGAAUGGUUUCCUAAGAACCAAGCAUGGAGGGCAAGUACACCCCUUGAGCUAAUACACAUGGACUUGUGUGGACCAAUGCAAACUGAGUCCUUGGCAGGUAAUAAAUAUUUUAUGCUGCUCAUAGACGAUUUUACAAGGAUGACUUGGGUCUACUUCUUGAGAUACAAGUCGGAUGCACUAAAUUGUUUUCGAAAAUUCAAGUCUAUGGUGGAGUUGCAGAGUAGUUACAAAGUGAAAUGUGUUCGAAGUGAUAGAGGGGGUGAGUUCACAUCUAGUGAAUUCAAUAAACUGUGUGAAGAUGGAGGAAUUCAAAGACAGUUCACCAUGGCUUACACACCCCAGCAGAAUGGAGUGGUAGAAAGGAAGAAUAGGACAGUGGUGGAGAUGGCUAAGGCUAUGCUACAUGAAAAGGGGUUGCCUUAUUACUUAUGGGCAGAAGCGGUACACACUGCAGUGUAUCUGUUGAACAGGUGUCCUACCAAGGCUCUUAGAGACAAGACUCCUUUUGAAGCAUAUAGCACAAGAAAACCAGGUGUUGCUCAUUUGAAGGUAUUUGGCAGUGUGUGUUUUGUGCAUAAACCAGAAGAAAAUAGACAAAAAUUGGAUGCCAAAAGCACAAGGGGAGUGUUUGUUGGAUAUGCAACAUGUGAGAAGGGUUAUAGGGUGUUUGAUCCUGUCACUAGAAAACUUAUACUGUCAAGAGAUGUUGUUUUUGAUGAAGGGGCAACCUGGAAUUGGAAAGAAGCAGCUGAAAAUUCUGUGAUAAUGGUGAAUGAAGAAGAACAGCCUAGGAAUUCUCAAGUGGAAGUGUUUGAGACACCUGCAGGAAAUAGAAAUUCUGGUUUCAGACCUUUAGACUCAGUUUCUUAUGGAGGAUCAAGCAAGGCAAGCAGCAGAUUGGAAGACACUCAGAACUUUGAUCACACUCCUUUGAAAUGGAGGAAGUUGGAUGAUAUUUUGGCACAAUGCAAUCUGUGCACAAUGGAGCCUGAGAAGUUUGAAGAAGCUGUGAAGGAUGAGUCAUGGAUGAAGGCAAUGAAAGAUGAGUUGAACAUGAUAGAAAAGAAUGAUACAUGGGAGCUUGUUGACAGGCAUAUGGAUAAACCAGUGAUUGGGGUUAAAUGGGUGUUUAAAACUAAGCUAAAUCUGGAUGGUUCAGUUCAGAAAAAUAAGGCAAGGUUAGUAGCUAAAGGAUACUCUCAAAAACCAGGGGUGGACUACAAUGAAACGUUUGCACCUGUGGCUAGAUUAGACACAAUCCGAACUCUAAUUGCACUAGCUGCACAGAAGAGUUGGCAGCUGUACCAAUUAGAUGUUAAGUCAGCUUUUCUAAAUGGUGUCUUAGAGGAAGAAGUGUAUGUAGAUCAGCCGGAGGGAUUUGUGAUAAAGGGGAGUGAAAGCAAGGUUUACAAGCUGCACAAAGCUCUCUAUGGCUUGAAACAGGCUCCAAGAGCUUGGUAUAGUGAAAUUGAUGGUUAUUUUGCUGAGUGUGGUUUCACAAAGAGCCAAAGUGAAGCUACUCUUUAUGUCAAAACAAGAGGUGAAGCAAGCAUAUUGAUAGUAUCCAUUUAUGUAGAUGAUAUUGUCUACACUGGAAAUGAUCAAGAGAUGUUAGAAGACUUCAAGAAGGACAUGAAGGAGAAAUAUGAAAUGACUGAUCUGGGGCUCUUGCAUCACUUCUUGGGAAUGGGAGUCAUUCAAACACCAACAAGCAUAUUCAUUCAUCAGAAGAAAUAUGCAACAACUCUGUUAAACAGAUUUGGUUUGAGUGAGUGUAAACCGGUGUCUAUUCCACUAGUUACCUCAGAGAAACUAAGUAAGGAUGAUGGGAGUGGUUUGGCAAGUGAAGAGCAAUAUAGAAGGAUUGUUGGGAGUCUGCUGUAUCUCACAGCUACUAGACCCGACAUUAUGUUUGCAGCUAGUCUGCUUGCAAGGUUUAUGCAUUGUCCCACUAGCAAACACCUUGGAACAGCAAAACGUGUCCUUAGAUAUGUAAAAGGAACCUUGGAUUAUGGUCUGGAGUAUGUGAAAGGAAAAGGGGCAGUUCUAAUUGGCUAUUGUGACAGCGAUUGGAGUGGCUCAGUGGAUGAUAGCAAGAGCACAUCUGGAUACGCUUUUUCUUUUGGGAGUGGAGUGUUUGCUUGGGCCUCAGUCAAGCAAAAUUGUGUUGCACUCUCUACUGCAGAAGCUGAAUACAUCAGUGCCUCUGAAGCAACAACACAAGCUAUUUGGUUGAGAUUUGUCCUAGAAGACUUUGGAGAACUUCAAACAGAAGCUACACCUCUCCACUGUGACAACAUUUCAGCUAUUGCCAUUACAAGGAAUCCUGUUUUCCAUCAGAAAACCAAGCAUAUUGAUCGGAGGUAUCAUUUUAUUAAAGAUGCUUUGCAAGAAGGAACUGUGGAUUUGAUCUAUUGCCCUACGAAUGAGCAGCUAGCAGAUAUCUUUACAAAGGCUUUGGCCAAGGAUCGGUUCAGCUAUCUUAGAGAGAAGCUUGGUGUGAAAUCAGCUCACAACUUAAAGGGGAGUGUUGAAAUGUAA